AUGGCACCCAUGUCUGCUAAGGGCCUAGCUCUAUUCUACGCAUCCAAGAUCCAAGGCAAAGUGAUUCUCACCACAGUUGUUUCGCCAUCUGGCCUAGGUGCCGCCUUCCUCAAAGCCAUCGCAGGCUUACAACCAGCGCUCCUCAUCCUGGCUGGCCGCAACAUCGCCAAAGUCGAGGAAACCGCCAGUCAACUGGCCGCUGAGAAUCCAACGCUCUCGAUCAAAACCCGUAUUCUCCAACUCGACCUUUCGUCGUUAGAAGCGGUCCGAACAGCUGCAAACACAGUCAACGGAUGGUCCGAUAUCCCGCAAAUCGACGUUCUUGUCAACAACGCGGGGAUCAUGGCUGUAGCCUACGCGCUGUCUCCCGAGGGGUACGAGAGUCAACUUGCCACGAAUUAUCUAGGACCGUUUCUUUUCACGAACCUCAUCAUGGGCAGAUUGAUGACUUCAGUGGUACCUCGAGUGGUAACGGUAAGUAGCGAUGGUCAUAGGCUUUGUCCAUUCCGUUUCGGGGACUACAAUUUCCAUUCCAAAACGGCAAACACGCUCAUGGCCAUCUCGCUAGCAGAGAAACUGGGCUCGAAGCAUAAUCUCCUGUCUUUUAGUCUUCACCCCGGAGUUAUUGGGACUGGUCUGGGCGAUAACAUUGAUUGGAACGUGGAGUAUCUUGCCUUGCAAAAAGUUAACCGCUUCUUGGGCAACGCAGAGGGUUGGAAGUUAACCUUCGAUUUCGUCUCGCACGAUGAGGGCUCCGCUACCCACGUAGUUGCUGCAUUUGACACCACCAUCGCAGGACAAAAUGGCGGUUAUUUGGACAAGGGUCAAAUAGUUGCUGAAGACUCGGACCACGUCAAACCUUGGGCCACCAGUCGUGUUGAGGCUGAGAAUUUGUGGAAACUGAGCGAACAACUUGUGGGACAGACCUUUUCUUACUAA